AUGACGCACGCGCGCCGCGUCCUCGCCGUCGCCACCGUCGCCACCGUCGCGCUGCAGCCCCUGCGCCGCCGGUCGACGGCGCGCAGCUUCGCCGGCGGCUUCCACGCCGAGGGCGCCGAGGGCGGCAACUUUGAGGGCACGCGCUUCUACCCGCAGCCGGACCUGAUCGACUCCGGCGUCAUCGAGGCGGGAACCAUCCACCGGGUCGCCUACAGCGUCUACGGCAACCCCGACGGCAAGGCCGUGCUCUUCGUCCACGGCGGCCCCGGCGGCGGCACCGCGCCCGAGAACGCGCGGUUCUUCGACCCCGCGGUCUACCGCGUCGUGCUGGUGGACCAGCGCGGCUGCGGCAAGUCGACGCCCUUCGCCGAGCUCGAGGAGAACACGACCUGGGACCUCGUCGAGGACUUCGAGAAGGUGCGCGAGACGCUGGGCAUCGACGAGUGGCUCGUCUUCGGCGGGUCCUGGGGGAGCACGCUCGCGUUGACGUACGCGGUCUGCCACCCUAAACGUACAACGGAGCUCGUGCUCCGCGGCAUCUUCCUCGUGCGGAAGAAGGAGCUCGACUUCUUCUACGAGGGCAAGGGCACGAACUUCCUCUUCCCCGAGCCGUGGGAGGUCUACGAGGCGCAGAUCCCCCCGGAGGAGGCGGAGAAGGACGGCUACGUCGCCGCCUACGGCCGGCGCCUCCGCGGCGAGCUCGGCGACGAGGCCAUGCGGAGCGCCGCCAAGGCCUGGAGCGUCUGGGAGGGCUCCGUGAGCCGGCUCCGGCCGCCGUCGCGGGAGCAGAUCAUGGGCAAGUGGGCCGACGACGACUUCUCGCUCGCGUUCGCGCGCAUCGAGAACCACUACUUCACGUCCGGCGGCCGGGUCGGCGAGCCCGCGGGCUUCUUCGAGCGCGACGGCUGGUUGCUGGAGCCGGCUCAGACCGACCGGAUCAAGCACAUCCCGACGGUCAUCGUCCAGGGCCGCUACGACGUCGUCUGCCCGGCGACGUCCGCCUACGAGCUCCACAAGGCGCUCCCGGACUCGACGCUCCACCUCACGACGACGGGCCACUCGAGCCUCGAGCCCGACAUCAUCGAGCGCCUCGUCGCGGCGACGGACAAGUUCCGCCCGUAG